AUGGUUGCGCCAGCUGUCCCCGAGAUUUAUGAGGAAGAUGACAUCUACGCCGCUGUCGAUGCGCGUACAGAGACGCUACAGAACCUGCGAGAAUUAGGGCCCCCAGACCUAGUUUACUUGGUGAAGCAGCCGAAGGCCAGCGGGAGUCGCCAGACGGAACAAACCGGCGUUUACCACCAUGUGACCGGAAUCGAUGCCUCGUCCUCCGCCAGCUUAGCGGCCUAUGUAAAUACGUUGACCUUCUCUCCCCUCGACAAGACGCACAAGGUGGUUUCUGGGAUCUACUGUUGUUAUAAUGCCUUCUCCCACCUGGACAUGCGAGUCGAAGUCAAGAUCCCCGGAAGUCUCGAGAGCUACUGCAUCGAUGAACGCGGAGACAAACGUGUUGCUACGGACGCACUUUGGUUAGAGACUUUCUUGUGUGGUGUCCUGAGGGCAUAUGCUUAUGCGGACGAUGGAGGUGGAGAUGCGAUUCGGAGGAUUGUUGGUGUCCGUCGAUUCAACCCAGUCACGAAUACGGAGAUGGAACACAAAUUCUUGGAUGCUGCGGAGAGACUCUUCUUCAUGGGGAGGCAGUUGAGUUCCGAUCCCGAAACGCAGGUCCCCAAUACCGUCAGCAACCACCUUACGACGGGUCUCUUGAAAUAUAUUCAAACCACCGGUCGCUACACAUCAGGUAUUAAUCUGUUUGAAAAACUCCGCACACGGGACGUAGAAGUUUCGUCGCUGCUGUCCCGGGUUUUGUUAAUGGCAGACGAGGAAGUCCGGGCAGUACGUUUAAUGUACGAUGCUCUGCAAGAUGUCCCCAUGGACUAUUCCCUUCUCGAUUGCCAGGCUUCAUUCUGUCAGAAAAAGGGAGAAGGGGAGAUGGCUUUGGAAUGCGCCAAGCGCGCCGUGACAGCUGCUCCUAGCGAAUUCAGCACCUGGGCUCAGCUGGCAGAGGUCUACGUGAAUCUCGAACAAUGGGACCUGGCGCUCUUGACCUUGAACUCCUGUCCCAUGUUCACGUACCAAGACCGUGAUACACCUCGGAUGCCGCAACCAAGUCGCAUCAUGCUUCCAAUCCUCGCCGAGAGCAUUUUGGACGAAAUCGAUGAAGGCCAACCAAGACAAGGUGACCCUCACGACUAUGUCCAUCCAUCGCUUCGCAAACUCCACGCCGCUGCUUAUCAGGGAACGUUCUUGAAGGCUUACAAUCUUUUGACCAAGAUUGCGGCCGCAAUCGGCUGGGACCAGUUGCUUAAAACCCGGAGUGAGGUCUUCGUCAUGGAAGAGGAGUAUCGGGUUGAGCGCCAGCAUUCGACAUCAAAGCCUCCGGGCAGCGUCAAAUCCAAUUCUGGGGAUGUGGAAAUGAAUGGCAACGGCGGGCAUGCAGAAAACUCUGCAAACGAAGAAAAUGGCGAACAUGAGGGAAAUCAAAUCGAGAGACCAGAGCACACAAUGGCGUCGGAGGUCGUCAAGUCUGGCAAUGAAGACCACGACCCAUCCCACUCAAGCUACACUCAAUUCAAAAACAAACGCCUAUGCGAGCGCUGGCUCGACAAUCUCUUCAUGGUUCUUUACGAAGACCUCCGCAUCUACACCAUCUGGCGCACCGAGAUGGCCCAGUACCGUCAACAAUCAAUGGAGUAUAAAAAAUCCGCUACCGAAUGGGAAAUCCUCGGUGAACUGGCUGAACGUCUGCACCACUUUGAGGAGGGAAUCGAGGCAUACCAGCACUGUCUUGCUAUUCGAUUUUCUCCCAAGGCCAUGCGGGGUGCUCUGAAAUUGCACGAGGCGAAGAACAACACGAGGGGAAUGCUGAAUUCGCUGAUUAGGCUUAUUGCCUGGCAGUAUCGGUGGUAUUCAGAGUUCUCCCCCGAACUUCUCUACCUAAUCCGCAAACUCAUCGAAGACGAAGGCGCCGUCAAAGUACGCAGUAUCGUCCAGGCCACGAACCUGCCCCAGCCAGUCCUCGACCUCACACAUCAAUACUGUCAGCUCUGCGCUACUUUCCGGAGCAGCGGGAGUGACUUCUAA